AUGGGCAACAUUAUUUCAAGAUCUGCAUCUUGCGACUUGAACGACUCAGGUACAUCUCUCAGCAUGGAGGUUCAUGCUCCUUCGCAAACGAGUUUCCCUCGCAGCCCCGGAAUCCAUGACCUCACUGCCUACAACCCCCAGCAAGACUCCCGUGGUCCAAGGGAAGUCACAGUCACGUCGUUUGCUGGCGACGAGCCCGAGUCCGGUAUUACGCACCCUAAACCCGCAAGACCUCUCAUCCGCCGCUACUCGGAACUCCUCGAUCCUACUCAACUCGACAGCCUGCAAGUCAGGAGUCCUAGCGGCAACAUGCUUACUGGCAGCACGUACAACCUCAGGGAAGAUCGCCCCCUGAGCGUCCGCGAGAGGCAAGAGAAAAUUGAGCAGGCGAAAGAGAAGGUUAGGAAGGAGCAGGAGAUGGCAAGAGGUAACCGACGCAAGAAGGACUCGGCAAAGGACUCGGCCAAGACCUCCGGUAGAAAAAGAUCCAAGAAGCGUGGUGCACGCCUUGGAUGUUUCGGUAUUUGA